GUUCAUCACGUUAGUCAACCAGGUCCAAAAUGAUUUACGAGAGUCAAACCAAGUCCAAGCCCUGCUCUUCACGUUACUUUUCUUCAAAUCCUACUGCGACGUCGUUGACCAAUCAAUCGUAUUAAAAUCUCCGGCGAUCUCCUCUCUUUGACUCCUCUGCGAGAUAUAAUUGGGGAUUCUUCCUUAAUCCCGGCCUCAAGCUCACAUCUUUGGCUUCUAAAUCCAAGAUUUUUGCAAAAAAUCGAAGCUUUGAUUCAAUGGGGAUUUGCUACGCUGUUCCCGUCGAUCCAGAGAUGAAGAAGGCGUCUUUGACGCCGCCGCCGCAGCCGCCGCCGUCGGCGGCGGCGGGGAAGAAGGAGAAGAAGAGGAAGACGAAGAGGAUGAAUCCCUUCUCGCUGGGCUACCACCGCGCGGCCGCACCUGGCUUCGCCGUCCUCCAGUGCCCCAGCGGCCGCGACAUCGCCGCCAGGUACGAGCUCGGCCGCGAGCUCGGCCGCGGCGAGUUCGGCACCACCUUCCUCUGCACCGACCGCGCCACCGGCGAGCGCUUCGCCUGCAAGUCCAUCUCCAAGCGGAAGCUGCGCACGACGGUGGACAUCGAGGACGCGCGGCGGGAGGUCGAGAUCAUGCGCCACCUGCCGGCGCACCCCAAUCUGGUCAGCCUCAAGGAGACGUACGAAGACGACGGGGCGGUGCACCUGGUCAUGGAGCUCUGCGAGGGCGGUGAGCUCUUCGAUCGCAUCGUCGCCAGGGGACGCUACACCGAGCGCGCCGCCGCUGCGGUCAUCCGCACCAUCGUGGAGGUGGUGCAGAUGUGCCACCGGCACGGCGUGAUGCACCGGGACCUCAAGCCGGAAAACUUCCUCUUCGGAGACAGCAAGGAGAACGCCCCUCUCAAAUCAAUCGACUUUGGCCUCUCCCAAUUUUUCAGACCAGGCGAGCGCUUCACCGAGAUUGUUGGCAGUCCCUACUACAUGGCUCCUGAGGUUUUACUCAGAAACUAUGGCCCUGAAGUUGAUGUUUGGAGCUCAGGAGUCAUCCUCUACAUCUUGCUAUCCGGUGCGCCGCCAUUUUGGGGAGAGACUGAACAUGGAGUCGCGGAGGCGAUCAUUCGUUCGGUUGUUGAUUUUAAAAGAGACCCAUGGCCUAAAGUUUCCGACUAUGCUAAAGACCUUGUCAGACGAAUGCUCGAGCGGGAUCCAAACAAACGUUUAACAGCUCAACAAGUUCUCGAUCAUCCUUGGUUGCAAAAUGGGAAGAAGACCCCCAAUGUCGAUCUCGGUGAGAAUGUUCGGGCACGAUUUCAACAGUUUUCGAUGAUGAACAAGUUCAAAAACAAAGCUCUCAAGGUCAUGGCGGAGCAUUUGUCGGUGGAGGAAGUCGCGGACAUAAAGGAUAUGUUCGAGAGUAUGGACAUUGACGACAAGGGGAAGAUAACCCUCGAGGAGUUCAAAUAUGGCUUGCAUAAGCUCGGCCACUUGGUUCCUGAUUCAGACGUUAAGAGGCUAAUGAAGGCAGCUGGUGUGGAUGGAAAUGACACCCUCGACUAUGGAGAAUUCGUCGCGAUCUCGAUCCACCUGAAAAGGAUCGGAAACGAUGGUCACCUCCGUGAGGCCUUUCGAUACUUUGAUCAAGAUGACAACGGAUACAUAGAGAUUGAAGAGCUGAGGGGUUGCUUGGCAGACGAUCUGGGUCCAAACCCUGAUGAAGUAAUCUACGCGAUAAUCCACAACGUUGACACCGAUAAGGAUGGGAAAAUAAGCUACGAGGAGUUUGCGACGAUGAUGAAGGCCGGAACAGACUGGAGGAAGGCAUCGAGGCAGUACUCAAGGGAGAGGUUCACAUCCCUCAGCUCCAAACUCGCAAAGGAUGGAUGGAUGUUCGCAUCAACUGGGAAAUUAUCGUAAACAUCUAUCAGAUCACUUUGUCUGUGUUGCAAUGUGGUGGUGUACAUAUCGUGCCGGAC